AUGGACGAGCAGGAGUUCCGGCGCAUGCUCGACCUCUUCCCCGUCGUCCGAUCCCGCGACUACUGCAAGGAUGAAGUGGAAUCAUCAAGCGAAGGCACCACACAGCAAACACGAGCUCAGGAGAUAAAAGGAACCAAAAAGAAUGCUGCAGAAGCUCUAUUCCUGCGGAAAUUGAAGAUGGCUGCUGAGAAAAAGGUUGGAGCAACAAAGGCAGAACUAUUCUGCAAGACAUUCGAAGAAGCUCACGAGAAACUUGUUUACAAAGAACUGGAUCUGGAUGCUGCUCAAAGGUUCCUGAAUGCCUACAAGAGCUGA